CAAAAUAGACAGGCAGUGCAGAGAGCGGCAGCACAGCGGGCAAUGAUGGCAACUCGCCCCUUCUCAGCCCCCUGCAACCUGCCAACAACCACUUACAAUCACCUCGCUGCAAUCAAUGCACUGUAGGUGAGCUCAGUAUUAAAGCAAGGGGGUGGGGGGCAGGGGGCAGGGAUAGGGGAAUCAGAGGGACUCUCGACAUGACAGGCGCCAAUGGCCAUAGCGUCGGUGGUAAAAUUGGCAAGCCAAGCAGAUCUAAAGCUGCAAAGACUGCAGGUGGUGUACAGCCGGCAACAGCACCCAGCAAUAAUGUCGCCAAAUGUCCCGGCGAGGAAGACGAAAAAGAUGGAGGGGUGCUUUUCUAUGUGAAUAAAAGUGGCUUCCCGAUUGAUGAACGAACUUGGCAAAGAAUGUGGACGCAUGUGGCUAAAAUACACCCUGGCGGGAAGGAGAUGGCGGAGAGUAUACGGAAAGCUGCAUUUAUACCCCGUCCUCCAGUGCCGUUACUGCCAAAGUACAAGCAGUCCAUGUCAGUGCCAGAGUGGCUGCGCACAAUACAAAGUUACAUGAAGCUUCUGCAAUACAAUCACACUGGAACUCAGUUCUUUGAAAUUAAGAAAAUCAGACCUUUGAGUUGGUUGAUGGACACAGCGAGAGAAAUGACUCGUGAAUCAUUGCCAAUUAAAUGCCUUGAAGCUGUGAUUCUUGGAAUAUACCUUACGAAUGGACUGGGAAUCGUGGAACGUUUUCCAAUCAGCUUUAAAACCCAAUUCUCAGGGAAUUACUUUCACCACGUGGUGCUUGGUGUCUAUCAUAACGGACGUUAUGGCACAUUGGGUAUGAGCAGGAGGGAGGACCUGAUGGACAAGCCCCUGGCUUUUCGAACACUCAGUGACCUGAUUUUUGAAUUUGAAGAGUCCUACCGGAAGUAUCUACACACUGUGAAGAAGGUGAAGAUCGGCUUGUUUGUCCCACAUGACCCGCACAGUUUCCAGCAGAUUGAGUGGAAGCAUUUGGUUCUAAGCACAGGCAAGAUGAGCAGAGAGGAAGUGAGGAGAGAGAUGGAGAAGCACGCUCGAGAUAUGAGAAUGAAGAUGAUAAAAAUCUCAGGUUCCCAGUCUCCGGUUAAGGAACGACAGCGGGGGAAAUCUCUGUCGCCUCGUCGCCGCCAAAUAAGCCCUCAGAGACGACUUAACCGAAGGGAUAAAUCGCCUGCCAUAACAGAUUGGAAGCCAGCAGAACUCAACACACUGAAUGAUGUUGGAUAUCAAAUCCGCAUCUAAAGAAGCCAUGGAGUGAAAGCUGUUACAUUUCACUAUCUUCAAUGGGUGCUCUUCCAUGCAUUUUUGUUUCCAGUCCUUGUUUUAAUGGAUGAAUGCUACUUUUCAUGAUUGGCGUACUCUUUUCUUUGGACAGUGUUGAAACCCGAAAGGUCAAACAAAUGGUGCACUAAUCUAUGUAUCUUGUGUAUUUUGCUAAAAAAAAACAACACAAUAUGAAUCUGUUCCCCAGUUGCAGCACUGUGAUUAAUGUUCAUGUUACUGCUAUGUGGCUGUUGAAGGGCAUUAUUGUGUGAAUCCCACAGCUGAAACUUGACUGGAAGUCAGACAGUGGUGCUUCCUCAAUGCUAAGUAGUGGCUGAUAUUUGGGGGUCUGUAAAUAGAUAGUAACGUCAAGUGAAAUAAAGCAAUAGAGAGCUGCUAUGGGGGAAAAAAAGGUUUACUUUCCAGUACCAGUAAUAGCCAAUGAAAAUGAAUAACCAAGCAAUGGAGCCAAUGCUCAUGAUCAUUUUAAGUGUUUUGAGAAGAAUAUGUUUUAAUAUAACGAUGAAUGGAAAAACCUCCCCAAUAUUUUGGGGCAUUUUCAGUGGGUAAAUAUAGCAUUUCUAACCAGCAACGUUUUUGACCUCUGGUCUUUAGUAGGUUUCCUGAUCUCGGCGAGGCACAAUUGUCCUCACUCACAUUGGGUUAUAGAGGUUAAUAAUGAACAGUCAUGUUUACCUUCAUCAUUUAAUCAAUUGGAAGUUGGAAAAAAUGCAGCCCUGGGUAGAUAACGCUUAGCUAUGAUGUACUGGAGUUGAUCUAUCCUUUAUCUAACAAUGUCCUUAUCUAGGGUGGCCACGGUGGCACAGUGGUAGAGCUGCUGCCUUACAGCGCUUGCAGCGCCGGAGACCCCGGUUCUAUCCUGACUGCCGGUGCUUGUCUGUAUGGAGUUUGUACGUUCUCCCCGCGACCGCUUGGGUUUUCUCCGAGAUCCUCCCACACUCCAAGGACGUACAGGCAUGUAGGUUAAUUGGAUUGGUGUAUGUGUAAAUAGUACCUAGUGUGUGUAGGAUAGUGAAAGUAUGCGGGGAUCGCUGGUCGGCGUGGACUCGAUGGGCCGAAGGGCCUGUUUCCACACUUUAUCUCUAAACUAAACUAAACUAAACUGAUCACUCUGUUCAUAAUGGGAAGAUAACUAUUUAAUAUAUCCAUUCCACACCAUCACACCAGGAGGCAAUUACAUAGACUUUGGCUCCAUUUAUAUCUUAAGAAAUCUUGCAUAUAACCAGUGAGAACAUUUUGUGAUUAACUUCCCCCCCCCAGUAUGCGACAGUGGUGAGAGGCCUUGUUUUGGAGAUGGGGAAAGAUAGAGCCAAGGGAGAACAGAAAUUCUCACAUUUGCAGUUUCAAGCCCAGCAUUACCCUUGCAUGUUCAUUGAGAAUGGGACCUUCUCAAUUAAUAUUUUGGACUUUUCACACUUACAAAUCUCCUGACAAAUCAGUUGCUAAAAAUGAUGAGAUGCUCCAUCCAUAACUCUCAGUUGUGCUUUUUUUGUUGCAAUUGGAAUUGCUUUUUUUUGAUUUUGCAUUUUUUAAAUUUUAAUUUGGAAAUCUGGGAUAAAUCUGAUUACAAUUGCAGGAACCACUCUUGGGUAUGACCAAUCAAUGCAGUAAAACAUCCCAUAAUGUUUAGGGCUGAAAUUCUGUGAAUAACAAUCACACAGAUUGGCAGGAUUGUAGCUUGCUGACCUCUGCCAGAGUUUGUCGUCAACAAAGAGCUAAUGUUCAGAACGGACUUCUUUGAUGUUGGAACACAGGUAAAGGUGUAAAUUCCUCAAUUGUACUGAUUGGACCCCCUGCUAUGUGAGUUAGAGGCAGUUGGCAAGUGGGAGAGAGAGUCAUUGAGUGAUACAGUGUGGAAACAGACCCUUCGGCUCAACUUGCCCACACCGGCCAAACAACGUGUCCCACCUGCCUGUGCUUGGGCCAUAUCCCUCCAAAUUUGUCCUAUCCAUGUACCUGUUUAACUCUUUAUUAAACAUUGGGAUAGUCCCCGCCUCGACUACCUCAUCUGGCAGCUUGUUCCAUACCCCCACCACCCUUUGUGUGGAAAAAGUUACCCCUCAGAUUCCUAUUAAAUCUUUUCUCCUUCACCUUGAACCUAUGUCCUCUGGUCCUCAAUUCCCCCACUCUGGACAAGAGAUUCUGUGCAUUUAAAUGCGGCUGUGCAUAUAAUGAGUAGGAAGGAACUGCAGAUGCUGGUUUACACUGAAGAUAAACACAAAAGGCUGGAGUAAUUCAGUGGGACAGGCAGCAUCUCUGGUGAGAAGGAAUAGGUGUUGUUUCGGGUCAAGACCCUUCUCCAGAUAGCAGAGUCUGAAGAAUGGUCUCGACUCAAAACAUCACCUAUUCCUUUUCACCAGAGAUACUGCCUGACCCGUUGAGUUACUCCAGCAUUUUGUGUCUAAAUUGGAUAUGAUAGUAGUCUUCUGGUGUAUAACUGCAACCUUGUUGACCAACAUGUUAAUAUAUGCUUUAUAUAUUUUUCUGAACUUUCCAACCAGUUAUAUCCCUGCCCAUUGUCUAAACCAGUGCUUCUUAAACUUCGCCCAAGGGCGAAUGAAAUUAUUUUGCGGUGAAUGAAACUAGAGGGGUGAAUAAAGGGUGAAUGUCUUAAUUUAUUCAGAUACUUAUAUAUUUGUUUCUAUACUUAAAAAAGUCAUUGCCAUUAAAUUGGUUAGUAAGCUCUUAUUGGUUUUAAUGGCCGUGGAUCUGGAAAUUUGAUGUUUUUUUCACUCUACCUAUGGUUUUCUAAUUUCAAAGUAGCAGGAUAUUUCCUAAAUUUACUGUAAUAUUUAGGCAAGACCAGACGAGCUAGUGGGAUCAUACAUUUAUUAAUGGAGAAUCGCCGUAGGACAAUUGUUGAACUAAUUUUACUUUAUGUUGCCAAUUUAGCUACUUUUCUGGUAGAAUUAGAAUUCUUUAUAUAUAUUUACUGUACUUCAAUGUAUCAGCACGUAUUUGUAUCAAGCAACAUGAAUUCUAGUUAUAUUAAGGAGAUUUGAGCCCCGUUUUGAGCAACAACGUUCCUGUCUGAACAAGGAUUUUCGACCUUGGUAGAACUGAAAUCCAAAAAAACGGAAUUCACUUCAGUAUGUUGAUUGGAUAAUGCAGGUUGCUAUAAUGCCCCAGUCCCACUUAGGAACCUGAACGGAAACCUCUGGAGACUUUGCACCCCACCCAAGGUUUCCGUGCGGUUCCCGGAGGUUUUUGUCAGUCUCCCUACCUGCUUCCACUACCUGCAACCUCCGGGAACAGGCAGGAUAUUGAACCUCGGUUUGAAAAGCUUGUCACAAGAGUCCAGGAACAUCCUAGUCAUUGAUGAUAAAAUACAUACAUGUAAGUGUAGAAGUAUACUGCUUGUCAUUGAUUUGUGCUAAACAUACACCAUAAGAAAACAUUGUUUCUAAGAAUCUAAUUCUAAGUUCUGAGACAGUUGUUUACUAGCUUUACUUUAUGUAAACUAGAACAUUCCAAUAAUUUUUCUGUUCUUAAUUUUUUUUGUCACUCCUAGAUGGGAGGGCGGCAGAUAUUCAGAACUGAGCAACUGACAAUGUUGUGAUGAUGUUUUGAGCAUGCAUGUGACAUAUACAUGUCAGCACACAUGCACAACAUUUAAAAUAUUCCUGGAUUUGGUAGAGCCAGCUUCUGGAGGGAAGUAUACCAAAUAUGGCAAGUUGAUAUUAGGUGGUAUUGUGAGCUUUCAUCGGGGAAAGUUAUAGAAAGUUAUAUUAGUUGGAUACUAAUAUAUUAAAUCACAUACUCCAUGGUUUUUUGAGCUAGUUUUCCAAGAAAAAACCGGCAGUAAUCAAAACCUGAAAGGGUAGGAUGGGGCUGAAGCCCAGUGUUUAGACGUGGUAAUGGGUUUUGUUUUUUUAAUCAUUCUAAUAGAAUGAUUUUCCAACUCAAAUGGUAAUUAAACUUUUUUUAAUUCAUUCCUGAUUUUCUUUACAAUUUUUGGAUGUUCAAAAAGUUGAAUAAAAUAAACACUUAAGAAAUUAGUUAAUGUAUGUGUUUUGCUCAUGUGACAAAUAUAUAAAAUUAGACACAAGAGAGAAUAAGAUGAAAAUUACUAAAGAAAAACAUAAGAAAAUGUAGUCGAGGGUGAAUUAAAUUUUUUGAUAAUGACUCAAGGGUGAAUAACUGAAAUAGUUUAAGAAGCACUGGUCUACACAAUAACUGCAUUCCUGUUGUUAUUUCAAUUCAAUAGAUGGAGCAGCCAUGUUUGCUGCCUUAUCAAAUGACUUAAUUGAACAAAAAACCUUUCAACCCAUUCCGCUAUUGAAAACAAAGAACUGAAACAAAGAACUGAUGGUCGAAACUAUCCACUUCAUAAUUCUGAAUGAUAGAUUUAAUGAAGAGUUUCUUCCAAUGCACUAGUCAAAUUGCUGUAUUAACAGAAUGUUUCCCGUGUCUCUUAUUGCAGCCAUAAAUUUAUCGUGGCUGUAUUCUGAUGCUUGGUGCAUUUGCCCAACGUGAUUCCAAGAUCUCUAUUGAAUCAAACGAUUAGUUAUCCAUCGUGCCAUUAGAUUGUAAAAUUCAAAGGAAAUCCUGCUGAGGGUGGUCACUUAUGGGCACAUAGCAGUCCAAGUGGGAGGGGCGAAGGUGAACUGAUUUUACUAAACGUCAAUGAAGAUUUGGGGGGCACUUGGUCUACUCCCACUUACGUCAUUGCAUACGGUAUUAUGUUCAUUCAGUUUUAAAUAUCACACUGUGUAAGGUACAUUUUGCAGACUUUCUUUCACUUGCUGUUUAUGGUAAAGGAAGGGAUAAAUGCUGAGUAAUAAUGAAGAGGAAGGUGUGGUGGGAGAGAGAAUGUCGAAGAUUAUUUUCCAUUUUUCUAAAAUGUCCCUUGACUUUCCCGGUUGAAGAGUCCUGAGGUCGUUUUGUCCAGCAGUUUCUACUUCCAAAAUUGUGAAUCCUGUGAAUAAUCUUGUGGUAAAGGAUACAAAGAGCCUUCUGUGUUAUGCUGCCUUAAGGAGUUGUCUGUUCCCACAAGUAGCAUGGAAAAGAGGGUGUGUGUUUAUUUUUCAGUUAUGAAAGAACAUUCUGUAAAGCAAGAUGUGCCACGAUUGGCCCAAAUGUCUGAAAGUGAGUGGACACUGUACAUUAUGCUCAAUAACCCACUCUACGUUAUCCAACAUUUGGAAUCUGUUCGGUUAAUCGGGAUCCCUGUGUUCAACAUUUUCUGCAUGUGCCAAUAACUGGAGUCUAACUUGAAACUGCAGCCGUUUUGUUCAUUGCAUGCCUUUCCCUCAAAGGUGUCCUUUAAAUACGAAGUAUAAGUAAACCCCUCAUUACAUUUAUAAGGCUGCCAAGAAGAAAUGAAACUUCAUGUGUGUAUUCCUAGAUGUGAUAGUUACAUUAGUGGAUUAGUUGUUUAGCAAAUGUGGUGACGCCGACCACUGCAGUUUGAAUACUUGAAUUUAACUUUAUUUCAGAGAUCUGAAAUUCAAAAACUGACAUUGGCUUAAAUAAAAUGUAAUAACAAAGCCUUCUGAUAGUUGUAAAACCUAAGAUAGACACAAAAUGCUGGAGUAUCUCUGAGGGACAGGCAACAUCUCUGGAGAGAAGGAAUGGGUGACGUUUCGGGUCAAGACCCUUCAGAUGUUUGCUGAUAUCUAAUGAAGGAAACCUGUUGUCCGUGUUCAGUCUGAACCAUCUGUAACUCUGGUCUACACCCAAUGUACAUGGCCCUGAAUUGCCACCUGAAGUGAGCCACUCAGUUAAUCAAAACAGACUCUGGAGCCAUUGGAGAAGAAAUCACAAUGUCAUCUGCAAAGCAUUAAUAACAAUCGCCAAGCUUGCUCUCAACACUCACAUACUGAGAAUGGAUUAAGAAAAAUGUACUUGCAGCAUUUGGGUUAGAAAACUUUUAUAAUUGUCAAGGGCAGAAAAAUGUAAUUGAUUUUUAACUUUUGAAUUAAUGUUUUGCGGUUUACUGAUUUUUUACAAUAUCAGUAUUGAUGUUUUUUUAAAGAAAAUAAAUGCUGCUCUACAUCGAUCAAAAACGGCAUUGCAACAGCCAGGGAGCAUGAUCUGUCAGAGUUAGAAUCGGUAGUCUGAAGCUGAGGUGAAAAAUAUAAUAACAAAUAUUAUUUAAAGCCCAACUGAAAUAGAACUUUUGAGUGAGAUUUUAUUUGUUAUAUAUUAUGAAAUACCUUGUGAAUCAAGUGGAAUUUUACCAAAACGAUUCUUAGCCAGACUUGGAUGAAACAUUUCUAUUUAUGAUAUUGUGAACUUUGUUUUUAACGAAUAAAAUGAUAGAUGUGGUUUAAAACUGUUAGUUUGCAUGUUCUGUUGAAUGGAGAAAGUGCAUAUUUUACACGAUGCGUGCCAUGUUUUAAUAAAGUCGAAAACCUUUCCAAA